AAGCGAAAUGCGGAGAUCUCUGGCCAUGGAUUGGUAUAGGCUGCUGUCAAGGUCGGGCAAGGACCAGGGUGAAAGUCAAGGAAAUGAAAGAACAAAGAGAUCCAUCCGGAUAUUUCUCCUGAUGAAUUUGGACUUUCACAGUAGAGAUGUCUGCAACAGGCCAAUGAUCGAUGGCAGGCGUGACCAGUGUUGGCUGCGGGUGAGGCUGCUGGGAGAAGACCACGGCCUAUGAAUCAAAGCAGAGAGGCAGACACUCGUGGGACUGGCCUCCACACCGCUCCUGGGGGGUGCUCUGUCCUGUGCCGCCGAGCUGCUGUGCCCUCUCGCUAGGAGAGCAUUAUUGAGACCGGAUCAGGGCCGGACGUGGCUGGUGAACCAGAGUGCUGGGUCCUCCAAUCUCAAAGCGGUGUAUGUUCCGAGGAGAGGAUAGACCACCAUUUCCCAUCCCCUGUGCAUUGUUCUUUUUUGCUGGGAAUGAUAUCUUCAGUCUAAUAGACGUUGCAGGGACUGGUUAGGACGAGGAAGUUGGUGGAUAGACAGGGGAGAAGAAGUGAUGUCGUUGGAUUUGAUGGGGCUGGUUGCACGUGACCGGGGCGUGACCGGGGAUCCGAAUUCUGGACUCCAACCUCAACUUCUCCUCUUCUCCUCUUCCCCCUUCGAUAUGUCCUUCCUGGCGAUUUCCCCCUGCCGGGAUCGUGUUUCUUCGCCCUCUCAGCACAUGUGAUGUCCAUCGAAGUUGAUUGGCGCGCAGCCACCUCCGGUCCGGACGGCGAGGCCCUGGCAGAGCGCAUCCGUUCCUUCAUCCACGAUAAGUUCCAGCAAGUCGCCCUCCCGCGCUUUAUCCGCUCCGUGCACGUCCACUCCUUCGACUUCGGCACGAUCGCCCCUGAUCUGGAGAUCAAGGAUCUAUGCGAACCGUUUGCCGAUUUCUACGAGGAGGACGAGGACGAUGAUGCGAUCUCCGACACCUCCGAGGAGCUGGUCUCGGCCCACGAGGACGGGAGCAGUUGGGGUCGGACACACUCGGAAUUCCUCGACUCCCGGGAUGAGCUAGCCAGGACCAACCAGCGACUCCGCGACCCCUUCGGCGAACCGCCCCCGUCGGGCCUGCGGUCGCCUAUGGACCACCUCAACCCGCAUUUCCUCCCCCGCGCGGGCACCCCCGGCAUCCCCGUCGGCACCUCCACCCUCGGCUACCACCUCAUGUCCUUGGGCGCGUUGUCCGGCACGCAGACGCCUCUCGCCGCCGUGGCAGGCGGCACACCGUUUGCCAAUAACUGGGCCACGGAACCCACGGCCCCAAACCCCAUCAACCGCCAGACAGGGAGCGGGGACGUCGACUCCAGCAAUCCCCCCACAUCACGACCCUCCACAUCAAGCACCCACCCACCAUCCCACACCCACCACAACAGCAACCCCGGCUCCCACAACAGUGAUUCCAGCACCUCCAACCCCCCGGCCGAACCAGAUCACGAAACCUCUCCAAUGCGUCUCCCACCGCGCAUGCGCGAGCGCCGCCCCGAAGACUUCCAAGUCCUCUGCCACGCCAAAUACGCCGGCGACAUCCGGCUUUCCCUCACAGCGGAGAUCCUCCUCGACUACCCCAUGCCCAGCUUCGCAGGCCUUCCCCUCAAACUCAACGUCACCGGCCUAACCUUCGACGGCGUAGCCGUCAUAGCCUACAUCCGCCGGCGCGUCCACUUCUGCUUCCUCUCGGCAGAAGACGCAGACGCCCUCAUCGGCUCCGAACUCACCCACCAAGACCCGACGCGUUCUUCCUCCACGGGGCACCAGCAACAGCAACAACAACAACCAACCUCACCAAAGCGACAAAGCGGCGGCCUGCUGCAGGAGAUCCGCGUGGAGAGCGAGAUAGGCCGCAAAGAAGACGGCAAGCAGGUGCUGAAGAACGUCGGCAAGGUAGAGCGCUUUGUGCUGGCGCAGGUGCGGCGCAUUUUCGAGGAGGAGUUGGUGUUUCCUAGUUUCUGGACGUUUUUGAUAUAGCCAUCUAUAUCUACUGGGUAUGAGUUCAUGGCCUGUUAUAGGCUGUUUAUGGAAGUAUUUACCCAGUGAUAGUGCUUGUAAAU